GCGACGCAUUUGAGCGUGGACAGUAGAUGCAAGCGAUCGUCCAAACAGAGACAACAUCGAAAGAAAGAAAGCAACAUAGACAAAAGACAACAAAGUUUAUCUAACGAAACAUCUCAGCGAUAAGAUGGCAUUGGUAAAUCUUCAACUCCUGGCAAUACUCGCGUGUCUUUUUAACAUCGCAGAGGCUUUCGAAAAUGGUUGUAAGGACAAAGUGGAUGAAAAAAGAUGUCGUGAAGUGAAGCUUAAACGGGGUUGCGACAGAGAAGAUAUGAUGAUCAACUGCGCAAGAACUUGUCAACUUUGUUACAAGAAAGCACCGUCGCCACCAAAGAAACUUGAUUGUGCGCAGACAACAUAUGGUUGUUGCUGGGACAAUAAAACACCAAGACGGGGAUAUGAAGAUGAAGGCUGUCCACCUUGCAAGGACGAUAAAAUAUUUCAAAGCCUUUGCGUUAUUUGGGAGAAGCAUUGCCAUAACAAGACGAACAUCGUUGAACAUAAAGUUGUUAGCAGCCAUUGUCACCGAACGUGCAAAAAAUGCACUGAUCCAAAACCUAAAGUAGUACAGAAGUUAACUGUACGAACUCUACCUCCAGCAGACGAAUCGUACUUAAACUCCGACGAAGUGGCUCGUAAAGGAGCCUUUUAUAUAUUCACUUCAGUAAGAGACCAUUCAGAUUAUCGCACGCAAUGAGGAACUGCCAAGGAAAGUGCGCUUGACGAUAUUCUUAGUAUAUGAAAUAGCACAAGACUAGACAUGCAUAACUGAAUGCAGUUAUAUGAACACUCGUGCCGCAUUUAUAAAGACCAGGUGAUCUUGUAUUGAGAUUUUGACCAAUUAAUGGCCAAAAAGGAAAGCUAGAAUAGAAAUCCAUUUUGCUGUAUAUGUUGACGGUUACAUCUUUCGCUAUAUUCUUUAUAAAAGUAGUGCAAGUUUUUGUCACGUUCAAUUAUGAAAGCUUUAACAUCGACAUAAAUUUGGAACCGAAAUAAAGUACAUUUCAAAAGAUAUCAAAAUUUUUCAAUCGAGAAAUGGAUUUCUAUUAGACGAAGAGUUCCACUCCUCUGCAUUUACAGACUCACGUAGAAUGCACGAGCUUCGCUAUAGUAAAUAGCUUAAAUUAUUUUGCUGAAAAACGAAGUAUUUUAUUUGAGAUUUCAAACGUUUUUGCUCAGUCAAUUAUAAAUGUCAAUAGCAACAUGUAAUGUAUAAAAAGUAAAAAAAACAACAACAAAAAACAUUGUAAACUACGUGUAUAUUUGAAAGCAAAUAAACAAAUGAACGAUUUUCUGAACUUA